CUUCCCUCCGUUUUUUCCAGUCGAACCCCGUCUCAGAUAGAGUCGGGACCUACACUUCAUCUGUUGAUGUCGGGUUUCUGCUGAUUGUUGUAGACGAGACGGAGUGGGUAGCAGUGCGGCACCCGUGUCUAUGUCACGGCUGCAGCGUCGCGUCUGGUGCCAUGUAAAAAUCAAUCAAGGCCAUGUGACAGUUUUAACCCCUAGAUACCCGGUCACAUAGUUCGCAUUUCCGCGCUUUCUCUGCAGGCUUAAUCCAGCCAUUAUGCACAGCGCCACCUAAGCCCACUUUCCGCCCAACUUACCAAUAGUCCGUUCUAAUCGUUCGUGCGCUCUCCGACCCGCCGGCUCUUCCCAUGCCUUUAGAAACGUCGCUCGACGUCGUCCAUGCGACGUCGCCGACGCGUGCUUCCGUGCGACCAGCCGUGAAGGCCCCGCGCGGGCGAUGGCAGGUGGCGUUCAAGCUCUGGCGCGUCAUCGCUGCGCUGCCGCGCGCCGUCUCCUCGGUGGCUCAGCGGGUGCGGGGGGGCAUGGCGAGCGGGAAGGCUCGGCGCGCAUUGAUGAGGCGCGUGAUGCGGCAGAUGGUGGCGGUGCACGAGGAGGAGAUGGAGGUGGUCCUAGAAGCGUUCUGCUCCUUCUUCUUCCUGCUAGCGGCGUACUUCGUGUGCCAGCCGCUGCGCGACGAGGCGGCCAUGAGUCUGGGCACGGGCGCGCUGCCGGGCCUCUUCCUCGCCUCGCUCGCCUCCACCGUCGCCGCUGCGCCGCUGUCGUCCGCGCUGCUCUCGCGCACCGACAUCAGCAAGGGCCGGGCGCUGCUGCUGCUGUACCGCUUCUUCUCCCUCUGCCUCCUCGGCUUCUUCUGCCUCUACCUCCUCGUGCCUCCCCCCGCUGUACUCCCCGCUCUCCCCAAGCUGCCCGACGCCCUUGUGGAGGAGGCCACCCAUGCCGUGCACGCAGCAGUGCUGCCGUACCCAGCCGCUCACUCCGAUGCUGCAGGCCAGCUCGCGGUCUUCGCCGACGUCUCGCUGCCCUUCCUCGCCGUGCGAGCCGGCCUCUUCCUCUUCGUGGCGCUGCUGAACCUCUUUGCCAUCGCGGCCAUGUGGGCGCGCCUCGCCGAUGUCAUGACCAGCGAGGCCGGGGCGCGUCUCUUCGGCUUCAUAGGGGCAGGCGCCACCUUUGGCCAGCUCGCUGGCUCGCUGCUCGCCUCCUCGCUUGCUGCCCUGGGCCCGUACCUGCUCAUCCUGUCGGCGGUGCUCAUGGAGGUGGCUGCUCGCUGCUCCACCCUCAUUGACGAUGGCUGUGCGCUGCCCCACGCCGCGCAUGCCAGGGGGGACGAUGCGCAUGCGUGCGCACAUGGGGAGGUGCAGGGGGAGGGGCAUCGCCACGGAUGGUGCUCGCAUGCACGCCCACGAAAAUGCACGUGUGUGCAGAACCGUACUGUUGCCCCCCCCGCUACCUCUCCCCUUCGCCCCUGCGCUUCCAUUCCCAUGCUCCUAUCAUCCUCCUCGCCCCACUCCUCCUCCCUCAGCGCCUAUUGCACACACCAACCCCGCUAUCCGCCUGCCACCAUCACCACUGCACCCACCCCCUCUCCUCCCCUCCUCACACCGGCAGACACACCCUCCCACGCCCUCCUCACCCCCCCCGCGCCUACAGACACUGACCCCUUCCCCUCCCCCUUCCUCCCCCUACCCCCGCCUGCCCAGCCCUCUCCCCUUCCCCCUUCCGCGCCCUGCCUGCUGCAUGCGCGCGUGGGGGAGGAGGACGGUACGGGGGAGGGCGAAAGGGGCGGCCUUGGGGCGUGUGGCUUGCACGAAAGGGGGAGGGUGGGCGGAGGAGAGGAGGGGAGUGAGGGGGGAGAUGUGGGACACAUUGCGCAUGCAUGUGCCACUCUGGACCACGCGACAACCGUUGAGUCGAGUGAAUUAUCCUCUGGUGGAGCUAGAGAGGGGGUGGCUGGAGAGUUGGUUGGCGUGGCCGGGAGAAGAGUGGGUGCAGUGCUGCGGUCUGCUGUGUCGUGGCCCCAGAGCAUGGCAGAGGCUGCUGCCGCGGAGGGACGAGGGGAGGAGAGCGCGCGCAGCAAGGAUGGCGGAAGGGGGUUGGGAGGGCGAAGAGCAGCGAGGAAAGGAGUGGGGAGGAGCAUUGGAGGGGAGGGUAUAGUCAUGGUUGAGGGUGUUGCUGGUGAUGCACAGGUGACAAUGGGGACAGUGAAAGAAAUGAGCGGCACAGUGGCAGGGGGUGCAGGUGCGGCAGGGGCAUUUAGGGCGGAGAGGGGGGAACUGGUGUGCAGGAGGCGGAGUGAGCGGGUGGGUGGUUUGGGUCGGGGGGAGGAGAAGGGGAUGCUGGAGAGGCACGGAGGAGGGGAGAGUGGGAAUGGUCACUUCAGUGGUGCUGUUUCUGGGAGCACAAGUGGUGCUGCUGUCAGUGCCAUAGUGGAUGCAGGGGUAUCUGUUGGGAUCGUAGUGCAACAGAAGCACCUGAAAGGGCACCUGGCGGGAGACAUGGGAGUGCAGGUGGGAGGGGACGUGGAUCAUGGUGAAGGCAGUGGGGAAGGGUCUGCUGUGGCAGGGGGGACAGGGGGGCAAGGGGGGCCAGGGGGAGCAGCAGGGAUGGACUUGGGUAAUUCGCCCAGCAAGCUGAAGCCCAGACCGCUGUGGCAGUGGCAGUGGCUGCGACUGCAGGCACCGUGGCACGUGACAGGGAGGCAGGAACGGGAAGAGCAGGGCUGGCGAGGGGCACGACCGGUAGAGGCAGAGAGGGGCGUGGGGCUGGCAGGGGAUGAAUCGAAUAGCGAUGUGGAGCAGAGGGGGGCGUUGCUGGGCUGUCAUGCGCCCGCAUGCAGAGUAGCAGGACAGGCAGACGCGGUGAGAGGCGGCGAGAGGGUGUGUGUGCAGGGAGGGGCAGCAGCAGAGAGGGAUGCAGCUGCGUGCAUCAGCUGCAGACGGGGCGUUGACUCGUGCGCGUGUGCGCCUGCCCUCGCCCCUGUGGCUGAGGGACAGGAGGGAGCCACGGAGGAGGGGGGGCUUGCAGAGGUGCUGCAGGGUGGAGAGAGAGAGGAAUCAGUGGGCGGUGCAUCACAGGGAUGGGUGGCACAUGGCAAGGGGCAGGGCAGUGAAGGCGUGUUGAGGGAUCCAGUGAAUGGCCUGCCAUGCACGCACUUCCAUUUGCAACGGCAUGUCAAUCCACCUGCUGCUGCUGCUGCGCCCUGCUGUGCUGGCAGCGAAGCAGGGAGUGUGAACCAUGCAGGCACCAUGUGCGCGCCUUGCUGCUGUAGCAGCAGCAGGGGCGGCAGGAGCAGCAGGGGCGGGUGGCAGGGUGGGGGGUUGAGGGAUUUGGUGGCGGGGGUGCGGCUAGUGCUGUCGUCGUCGUACCUGCUGCACGUCUGCGCCUUCCUCAUGCUCACUGCUAUCGUCUCCUCCUUCUUCUACUUCGAGAGGUCAUCAGUGGUGGCGACAUCAGUGGUGGAUCCGGUGCAGCGGCGCAAGGCCAUAGCCAACAUCAACUCGCUCUCUGCGGUGGCCACCGUUGUCUUUCAACUCACGCUCACGGGUCGUCUACUCACAACGUUUGGAGUGGCAGCAGCGCUCGCAGCAUCGCCAGUGGCGGCACUCAUAGGCAUGGCGGCCAUUGCAUGGCACCCCACUCCUCUCGUUGUGGCUGGCUCCGAGGCCCUGCGCAAGGUGGUGACAUAUGUGUUGACGCGGCCCAGUCGCGAGAUUCUCUUCACAGUGGUGACGCGCGAGGAGAAGUACAAGGCCAAGGUGACAAUAGACACGGUGGUGCAGCGCCUGGGAGAUGCAGCAGCAGCGGGCUUCUUCCGCCUGCUGGGCGGGGUGUUCCUCCUGGGGCCCUCUGGUGUUGCCACCUACACCGUCCCGCUGUGUGUGCUGUGGUGUGGGCUUGCUGUCACCUUGGGUCUGCGCCAGCAAGCCAUGGCUCGCAUGCAGCAGGGAGGGGGGCCAGCACCCAAACGUGCUCAGGGAUUCUGAGCUGCCUUAUGGCCUUGGUAGUGUUGCUUUACAUGGGCAGUUUGCUGCUCAUACACCAGCCUUGCUGCAAGGUCGAUUAGAACGUGCAUUUGUUCCGGUAUAUAGUUUAUUGUAAUGUUCGUUCAAGUGCAUUAUGAGAAGCAUUCAACUCCAUACAGCUGAAUGCAACAGUGAAGUGAAGGCAUGUGCUCUGU